AUGAGUGAUGAAAAAAAUACCAAUUAUGACAAAUUAGAGGUAGGAGAUAUCCUUUUAAAUAAUAAUAAUAAAUUACCAAAAAAUAAAAUGAAAAUUUAUAAUAAGGAAUAUAUAGACAAAGUAAAAAGAUUAAAAGAAAAAAAAUAUUUUGGAAGUAAAACGAUAGGGAAGGGUUCUAGUUAUGUUUAUUUAAUUAACCAAAUUUUUGGAUCGGGAAUAGUGUCUAUUCCUUAUGUCUUUAAAAGUUGUGGAUGGUUACCAUGUCUAAUUAUGAAUAUCUUAAUUUGCAUUUUAACAACUUUUAAUACUUUAUUAUUUUUACGAACAAUGACUAUGAUACCUAAUAAUAUUCAUUUUAAUAAAAGAUAUGAAUAUAUAUCAACAGUUUGUUACUUUUUAGGAAAAAAUAACAUAUUUUUUUUAUUAAUUCAGAUUUGUUUUUAUGCUAGUAUAUUGGCAAGUAAUAUUAUUUCUAUAGUAAUAGUAUCACAUGCAGUUGAUCACAUAUUAAUAAACUUAUUCGGUUAUACUAUUGGUUUUGUUUUUUAUCCAAAUUUUGGUUUUACAUUAUUUAACAAUAUUAAUGAUUUAUAUUAUACGAAAAAUUAUAUAUUAUGUAUAACUAUAGGUUAUAUAAUAAAUGCUAUUACAUCAAUAUAUUUUUCUCAAUCUAAUUUAGAGGAUAAUAUGAAAAUACAAUUUUUAUCAUUUUUUUUUCUAAUGAGUACAAUAUUUCAAAUGAUUUAUCUAAGUAUCCUUAAAAUAUAUAGAUAUAAUAUAAAUAAUGUAAAUAUUAAACCAAAAAUUGGAAUAAAAAAAUAUUCUGAUAUAAAAUAUCCAAGUGCAUUUGGAAAUUUUAAUUUUAGACAACUAUUAUCAUCUUAUAUUGCUUCUUAUUCAGCUGUAACAGUUAUUCCUUGUUGGGCUAACGAAAUGAAAUCAGAUGUAAAAAUUAUAAAAACUGUAUGGUUAUCUAAUUUUUUUUGUUGUUUCAUUUAUUAUAUUUAUGGGUUGAUUUUAUGUACUGCUUAUCCUCAUAUUAAUAAUGAUAAUAUAUUAAAUGAUAUUUUACAAAAUCCUCUUAUAAAUAUUUAUAUGAAAAUUUCUAUUUAUCUGUUUGAUCUAUUAACCAUAGCACCUGGUAUAUAUGUAUAUUGUAUUGCAACAAGAUACAAUUUAAUCAAUAGUAAUAUAUGUUCAGAAAAAAUAGCGUUUAUUUUUGGUACUAUUUUUCCUUUUUUAAUAUCAUGGUUUUUUACUUCAAGUUCCUUUUUUGAAAAUAUAUUUACUUGGUCUAGUUUAAUUUUUUCUUUUGCAUGCAAUUUUAUUACGCCAUCCGUUAUAUAUUUAAUAGCUUGUAAAAAUAUUCCAUAUUCAGAAAAAAAUCCUUUAAAAUAUAUUCAUGUUUUAUAUGAUCCCAAUGAAUAUAAAAAAAAAAAGCCUCUCUAUAAUAUUUUAUAUUCUAACUUUAACGAUGAAAAGAGUAAUUUUGAUUAUUCAAAUCAAAACUCUAUUGAUAUAAAAAAAGAAAUACAAAAUGAAAAAAAAAUACUUCAGAUUCAAUCAAAGUAUAUUAUUAAUGAAGAUAAUCAACAAGAGUUGAAGAAGUUUAAUGUUAACUCCAGUGAUAUAUAUCAUACAUAUUUUUUAAAAAGUAAUUCUUUUUUAUCAGAUGAACAUCAAAACACAAAAAUAUCUGAAGAUUCUAUUAAUAAACAUACUAAUAAUUUUAACGUUAAUGAGGGAAAAAAUAUUAAUUUAUUUAAUGCAGGCCAGGUUAAUGGCACAAAUACUCUAAGUAAUACGGACAAAGUAAAUAAACAAUUAUAUUCAAAAUCAAACAUUAAUGAUAAUGAAAAACGAAAUGAUUUUUCAUAUUAUUCUCUUCAAAAGAAAUAUGAAAUAUCAAACUAUAAAAAAAAUUCUAAUCACAAUUAUGAUGAAGAAAAAAUAAAUUUUCAAGAUAAUGGAAAAAAUAAAGGUUAUCUUUGUGAAAAUUUUAUUAUACCAAUAAAUAAAGAACUCACAAGUUGUGUUCAUAAGGAAGAAAAUCCAAUAAAGAAAAAAAAAAAAAGUGUUUCUUUAAAUGUGGAUAAUAAUUUAAUAAAGUCAAAUACAGAAGAAAGUGAGUGGAAAAAAGAAAUAGGAAAAAAAAAAGAAAAAGUAACAAUGCAUGAAUCUUUUGAAAAAUAUGAUUAUUCCAGUAAAGAUAAUAUAGAAAAAAAUAAAAAAAAUUCGGAUCAAUAUUAUAAUAGAGAAAAAAAAAAAGAAGAUAUAUUUACAUUUCGUAAAUAUAAUUCUUUGUUUAAUAUCAAGGUAAAAAAUUUACCUGAUAACUCAAUAAAAAAAAAUAAAUUGCCACAUAUUAUUAGAAAGUCAAGAAAACAUAAAACUGUUAUGGGUUUUGAAAAGAAAAAUAAAAAGAAUAAAAGUGUGUCUAUAAUAAGUGCAAAAGAAUCUUCGGAAACUUCUGAUUUUAGUGAUGACAUUUUAAAUGACAAAAUAAUAGCUGAUCUAUCAAGAGAUAUAUAUAAUGAUAUAAGAAUAAUAAAAAAAAAUUAUGAAAGAGAGAAAUAUUUGAUAAAAUUUUCAGAUAUCUUUGAUUCUUUUGUAAAUUUGAAAUUGAUACUAGAAAAUGAAUGUAGUGAAAAAAACUCAUUAAAUUUUUUUUAUAAUUCAGAUGUUAAAGAUCAAACUGAUUUUUUAAAUACUAAAAAAGAGGAUCAUAUAAUAAAUGACAAUUUAUUACCUUUUAAUAAUUUAAAUAGAUAUAGUUUGAAUAAUGGAAACAAGAAAAAAUUAUUUUUAUCAGAUAUAAUAAAUAAAGAAAAAAAAAUUGUUGACGAAGAUAAUUAUGAAAAUAAUAUCGAAGAAAUACCAAGAAGACAAACAACAGAAAGUGAUAUAAAUGUAGAUAUUUAUGGAAAAAAUAAAAUUAAGGAGAACGAAGAAAAAAAAGAAGACGUAAAUGAUAGUAAAAUUAAUAUAAACUCACUAAAUUAUUUACUUAAUAAUAAUUCUCAUAUAAAUAUUAGAGAAGAAAAAAUAACAGACUUUAAUGAUGAUAUGUAUGAAGAAAAAUUAAGAAACAUCAAAAAUGAAAUUGACAUGAUUAUAAAUGGGAUAAAUAAUAAUAAAAAUUUUACAUGGGCCUUUGAUGGAAAUAAAAAUAGAAAUGAUUCAAAUAUAAUAAUAAAUAACAAAAAUAUAAAUGUAUCAAAUGUAAAAUGUUUUCUUCAAUCAAAUGAUUGUAUAUACCCAUCUUAUAGAAAAUCAAAAAGUGAAAGUCAUUUUUCUAUAUUAAAUUUAAAUAAAACAAAAUUUUAUAAAAAAGAUAAAAAAAACAGUUUAUUUUUUUUAAAUAAAAUGCAAACUCAACAUAAUUCUUUAUUAAAUAAUAAAAUAAGUGAUGAUGAUGAUAUUCAUAAAUAUACUCAAACUAAAAGUGCUGAUUAUUAUAGAAAAUUUAAAUUCCUAACAGAACAAAGUAAUGAAAUUUUUUUUCCCAGUUAUUCUAUAUCGAAAGAUAAAAUAGGAGGAAGAAAUGAAUUAAUCAAAGAUUCUGAAAAAAGAAGUAAAGAGUGUAAUGAAAAAAAUGAAAAUUAUGUUAAAAAGGAAACCAAUUCAAUUAAGUCAGAAAAUUUUGAAUUUCAUGAAGAAGGUUCUUGUAAAAGUAAAGAAAAUAUGAAUUUUAAAGAAAAACACGAUUUAAUGAAUGAAAUAAAAAAAAAAAAACUAAAACAGGAAGACUCUAUUGACCUAAAUAAAAACAGUAUUCAAUCAAAGGAUAGGUUAUUUUACUUUUUAAAUUCUUAUAAUAGAAAAAGUAGGAUGUAUAAGGAUAUAAAUAGAUUGUCUGUUCCCGAUAAUGUUUAUAAUGUUAUCCCUAAAAUUAAUAAAAUAAAUGAAAAAAAUAGUUUUGAUGAUAGUAUAAAUAAUAUUUUCAAUUAUUAUAAAUAUAACUUUUUAUUAUCAUUUAGCGAAAAAAACAAAAAAAAAGGAAAUUUAAAUAUAUAUAAAAAUAUUAAAAAUGCAAAUAUAUUUUCUAAUUAUAGAAGUGAAAAUAAUAACUUAAAUGAAAAUAUAAAUUCAUUAGAAAAAAAAAAAUCAAAAAAAUUAUUAAAUUUUAGCUCCAGAUUUCAUUAUUUAAAUAAAUAUCAUAAUGAUGAAAAAAGGGAACCAUUACUAAAUAAUUCUCAAAAUGAAAAGCAAUUUGAUAAUUUACCUACAAUUAAUUUAAUAUGUCCAGAAAAACCACUAUAUGGAUAUGAGGAUGCAUAUCAAAUAGAUGAUUAUAUAAAUGGUAAAAUAAAUGAAAAUAUAAUUCAUGUUUAUCCGUCUACAUAUUUAAGAAUUAAACAUGUAGAAAUAACAGAAUAUUUACUAUUUAUUACAAUAAUGUUAUUAGUUAUAUCAGUUCUUUAUGAUUUUAUUUAUUAA